GAAGCACAAACAUGGUGGAACACGGGGAGAUCCGCGUGGUUCACAGAGGAGGCAGUAAAAUAAACUUUAGGCAGCCCGUCUUCACUCACGACUCACGGUUCUUGCUGUGUGCGUCUGCAAAUGCCGUGAAAGUUUUCAGUGCUUCCACAGAGGAGUGUGUCCACCACCUCGUCGGACACACGGACCUCGUCACUGGGCUCAUACUACGACCCUCUAACCACCUGCAGGUCUUUUCUUGCUCACUAGAUGGCACUGUCAGACUGUGGGACUAUGACGAUGGCAUUCUUAUAAAGACUUUUGUGGUUGGGUUUCCAAUUUACUCCAUAUAUGCGUCAGGAAGCCAUGAUGGAGUCCUGUUUCUCACUAUACCAGCCAAGAAUGACAAGAGAUCAGAUGCGUUUCAGUUGGUUGCCGUGCAGUUGCCUCAGAGCUCAGAGCAGUUGGUCGAGGCGCGGGAGAUUUCUGCUGUUCUCCCCGACGUCAGCGCAAACCCCGGGGCCAUCAGCUUUGGACGAGCGGGCCAAUACAUUGCUUCAGUCUGUGGUUUACAUUUGGAGGUUUUCUUCUUCAAAAAGCAGAAGUCGUUCAGGUUUUCUCUAAAAGAAGAGAACAAUAAGGGGAUCAAGAACACAUUCACGUGUGCUGCCUGUCAUCCUAAAGAGGACUGCAUCGCCACAGGACACGAAGACGGCAAAAUACGACUGUGGAGAAAUUUCAGCCAUAAGAAGGAGUACACUCAUUCAGCUCUUCACUGGCACCACGAUGCAGUUGGUGCCUUAAGCUUUACCCCAGAAGGGACUAACUUGCUGAGUGGAGGAGUGGAGUCUGUGCUGGUUCUGUGGAGGUACAACCAGGAAACGCAGAAGGACUUUUUACCUCGUCUCGGAGCGGCCAUCGCCCACAUCGCAGUGUCGCCCGACGGGUCCCUGUUCUGCACCGCCCACUCUGACAACAAAAUCACCGUCAUCCACAGUUAUGUCCGAGUGUCUGCUGUGAUUCAAGGCCUGGUCAGAGGUGAUAGAAUAUGGACAGAUUUGGUGGUUGAUCCUCGGAGCAAAGCUUUGGUGAUGAACGGGAAACCGGGGCAUCUGCAGUUUUACUCCCUUCAAAGAGACAAACUCCUUUAUAAUUUGGACAUAGUGCAGCAGGAGUACAUCCACGAGUCUGGUUUGGACCAGUUUGAAGUGGUCAAAGUCGACUUUGACGCAGGUGGAAACUGGCUGGCAACGGUGGAGGAAAGAAAACAGAAUUCUGCUGAGCUGGAGCUGAACCUGAAGCUGUGGGCUUUCGACGAGCAGACGCAGAGUUUUGUGCUGAACACGACGGUCCCGGCCCCCCACGAAGACCGGAUCUCAGACCUGAGCUUCAGCCCAGACCGGACCACCCUCCUCGUCUCCGCCAGCAGAGACGGACACUUCAAGGCCUGGGCUCUGGCUCCUCCCACAGACGCUGAGGAUCAAAGUCCGUCUUGGUGCUGUGAUUUCGUGGCCUCGUACCACGGCCUGGCUCCACACUGCUGUGGCUUUUCAGCAGACGGGUCUCUGCUGGCUGUGGGGUUUCAGGAGGUGGUCACCGUUUGGAGCACUGCAUCAUGGGAACUCCUCACUACUCUGUCCCAGCCCCCGGGACACGUCAGAAAUCUUUGUUUUGGACGACUAAGCUGCUCCAAGUAUCUACUGGGGACCACCACCAAAAACCAACUGUGCUGCUGGAACCUCCUCAGCUGCUCCUUGGAGUGGAGCACCUCGAUGGAUGUGACUCUGCUGUUAGCCGACCCGCUCUCAGAAAACAUGGCCGCCUUCUGCUUUGAGGCCGGAAGCACUGACUUGUUUGUGUUCAAGCCGAGUGAGCCCCGCCCACUUUUUUCCCAUAAGGCCGUGUGCUCCGGGCGGGUGCUCAGAGCGGUCUUCAGCCCCAGAGAGGAGCUGCUGGAGGGAUGCGAGGAGGACGUCCAGUGGCUCAACAGCUCGCGGCUCUUUUUCUUCACUCCCAGCAUGGACCUGAUGACGUUCAGUACCAAAGCUGAAGAGGACAGACUGAUGGCAUCGAGCAAACAGCUCGUGAUUGGAGACCAAGUUUCCAUGACUCCGUUCAACCUGCUACUGGGGAAACGGGGUCAAACUGAAGGUCAAGAGGUCGCCGCGGGGUCAGAGAGAGUUCAACCUCCGCAGGGAUCCAGCGCCGUCAAAGAGCUGCUGCAGACUCCAGCCCACGUCCUGCCCUCCACCUCGUAUCUCUGUUCAAUGUUUGUUCAGUCUCUGCUCAUCUCCACCUCUGAUAAAAGGGAACAAAACAAUGUGACAGAGGAGGAAAUGGAAAGUGAGAAAGAGGAAGACGAUUCUGAGGAUGAGGAAACGCAGAGCAGCGCUGUGAAACCAGACGUGGCCUCAGGGGGGGGCCGGACCGGAGACCCCACGGACCCGGGACUGACCAAGGCCCAGACCAAAGAACUGAGACGGGUCCGAAAACUGGACUACAGCUGGCUCCGGGACCUGGACUGAAGGACGGGACAGGCGUUAGGUUGAUAAAUACACGGCCGGUCAGGAGUUUGGACUCACUUUUGAAUUAGUUUUUUUAAGUAUUCAUGACGAUUAGACUCAAAACAUAUGGAAUCUAGUAAACAAAAAUAAAAAUCUACUUUGCACUCAGGACAUUCCUUGAGACAUUUUGACUCCAGAGCUGCUUAUACAGUAUUUCUCUACUGGGGAAAGCCACAUUUUGCUCAAAUACUUCAGAUACAGUUUGUGUUCAGCCUCAAAAUUACACUAGAAAUUCAUUAUUUACACCUCAACAACUUCACUUAAACAUCUCAUCUCAAAAUGUCAGUGUAUUUCUGAGCAAUAACACCUGUAAUUAAAUAAAACACAGAAGUUUAAUGCCAAGUAAAGACCUCUUCAUCGAGACGAGCCCGGAAAGUUACAUAAUGUUCCUUUUUAAAUUAUAAAGCAUUGGGGUUUUUUUUACAAUGGACAUGAUACUUAAUAGAAAAGUAAAGUUUACGUUCAUGAAGCUCCUAAUAUUGUAACAUAUUUUCAGUUCUCACAUAGAAGGUGAUUGGAAACUGUUACUCAUGUGAAAACCACGUGAACUAAAUGCAUUUACUUCAUGUACACGGAGUCGGGACAUUCACACUGUGUAUGAACCACAGUACUCUCUGCAGUAGUCAGGAUUUAACCGUGUAAAUAAAUAUUUUACUAUGCCAGCAAGACUCUAUUUUCCGUUUUGCUAGUUGAUUAUGAGCACUAUUGUGUGUGUGGGUCUUCAGCUCCAAAUCAAGCUGUUUGUUUAUUGAAAAACUGCUGUAUUUUCUGGAGUAUAAGUCGCACCAGCCAAAAAAUACAUAAUAAUGGAGAAAAAACAUACAUAAGUCGCAUUUUUGGAGAAGUUUAUUUUACAAAAUCCAAGACUAAGAACAGACAUUUUAUCUUUAAAUCAAGUACUAAAAAUAAUAAUAAAAUGUGGACCAACAGGCUGAAUAUCAGUACAUCACGCUAACGUAACACAUUUAUAUUUAUUCAGCUCCAUGAAGCACAGACAGAACUGAACACGUGUCUGGUUUGUUAACGUAAGAUAUUAACAGUUAAUCAGAUAAAUAAAGCAGAAAAAACAACAAGUUUACUCUGGAUCUCACUCCAAAUCAAUAAAUCCACUGAACUCUUCAUCCUCGGCGUCGAUUCUGAACGACUCACCACUUCCUCUUUUCGUGGCUUCAUCAAACUCAGCAGUAUUUUCUUUUAGGGGCCAGUGCGUGGUCGUGAGUGUGACAAUAACCAAGAUGUGACAUUCUAUAUUUGAAUAAUUUCACGUAUAAGUCUCAUCGGAGUAAAAGUCACACUCUAGACAAAAAGUGACAUG